AUGUUGCUCAAAUCAAGAUUGAAGCCUGCAAUCCUUAAGGGCUUCCGGACUACGCAGCAUCUGGGUGCCUUGCAGCGUUCUAUGGCCACCGUCUCGCAAAAUGGUCACAACAAAGUACAGGUCAAAAAGAUAGCCGGCUCUAUCGGUGCCGAGAUUCACGGUGUCGACAUUGGCGAGCUCGACGACAGCGCAACGAAGGACAUCAGACAAGCACUACUGGACAACAAAGUCAUCUUCUUUCGCGACCAGGACCUCAGCCCGGAGCAGUUCCUGAAGUUCAGCGCUCAUUUUGGCAAGCCUGUGGAGUACCCGUUCGUGAAAGGUAUCGAUGGGUAUCCGGAGAUAAUCCAGGUUUUAAAGCGAGAGAAUGAGAAGACAAAUUUUGGCGGAGUAUGGCACUGUGACACCCUCUACCUUCAAGAACCACCGAUGGGGACGAUCUUGCUCGCCAAAGAGUUGCCUCCGUACGGCGGCGACACACUCUUCGCCAACCAAGUCGCUGCCUACGAUGCUUUAUCCGAUGGACUCAAAGCGACGCUCUCAACACUAACCGGCGUCAACACCUCAGCCAAAGCCGACGCAUCGAAGACCCGCGAAGAUCGCAUCAAAGACUCCGGCCACAAAACCGAAGACCACGUCUCACACCACCCAGCAGUCCGCACGCACCCUGAGACGGGCGUGCCAUCGCUCUACGUUAACAUCGCGCACACCGAACGCUUCGAUGGAUGGACAAAGGAAGAAAGCGCGCCUCUCCUCAAAUACCUGUUCGACCACCAAGUCAAGCCGGAGUUUACAUGCCGCUUCAAGUGGGAACCCGGUAGUAUUGCUUUCUGGGACAACCGAGCGGCGUUGCAUAAUCCGAUCAAUGAUUAUCAUGGGUUUAAGAGGAGUAUGCAGCGGAUCACGCUUGCUGGGGAUAAGCCACGAUGA